GCCCCGGGCGGGUCGGGUCCGGUGCCCCGGACAGGGCCGGUGCCGCUCCCCGGCUCUGCCCCGCGCCCCCCGGACCAUGCUGUUCUCCCUGCGGGAGCUCGUGCAGUGGUUGGGCUUCGCCACGUUCGAGCUGCUGCUGCACGCGCUGGCCCUGCUCGCCUUUACGGUGCUGCUCGUGCUCAAGGUGGACGGCGCGGCCGCCGCGCUCUCCUGGUGGGUCGUGUUCGUGCCCUUCUUCGCCGCCGACGGGCUCAGCACCUACUUCACCACCAUCGUGUCCGUGCGGCUGUUCCAGGACGGCGAGAAGCGCCUGGCGGUGCUGCGGCUCUUCUGGAUCCUCACCAUCCUCAGCCUCAAGUUCGUGUUCGAGAUGCUGCUGUGCCAGAAGCUGGUGGAGCACACGCGGGAGCUCUGGUACGGGCUCAUCAUGUCGCCCGUCUUCAUCCUGCUCCAGCUGCUCAUGAUCCGGGCCUGCCGUGUGAACUGAGGGUCGACGGGGGGACGGGCCCGGGCCUCAGGCUCCCCUCGGCGUUAUCCCUUUGCAGAGGGCGGCGACAGGCUGUGACAGGCUGGUGACAGGCUGGUCGGUGCCCCAGCUCGCUGCCGUGCCACAGAGCACCACAUUCCCCCAAAAGCUCCCGUUGUGCCGCGUUCCUGUUUCAGCCCUCCCAGCCCCCGUGUUGUCCUGCCCUGCGAGCGCUGCUGGGUGUGCCAGUUAUUUUAUUGUAAAAUAAAAGUGCGUUGAAGGA